AAUACAAAUAAUUUGAAAAUUGAAAUUUAAACUUAAGAAUUAAGAAUAUCAGGUAACUGAUUAAUAAAAUAAUUGAAACAGUGUGUGCUCCCUAUACUUCAUUACUUAUUGAGUAAAUGCCUAUGGUUUUAAAGAGAAUGGUGCAUUAAUAAUAAAAUCAUUCUCUAAAAAUAAAUCAUGGCUUUUCUUUAUGAAGAAGAUGUUAUAAGCGAUAUUGAAAAUGGUGUCAAAGAAAGGCUUGCUGAUUAUUCUUUGCAUAAUGACUGCAUAUCGGAUGAUUUGACUGAUCAGUGCAAAGAGAGUGUGGAUGUAGACGAAGUAAACUUAACAAAGUUAAAAGCUACUGACGAUCCUUUACUUGAAAUAUCACUCCGGGCAGAGCAAGAAGCUGCAGACUCUGCAGAAGAGGCAUCCCAUAAUCUUAGUACAGAAAAGCAAGACAAUGAAACUAAAGACAAUCCUUUAUGUGAAAUAUCACUUCGGGCAGAGCAAGAAGUUGCUGAGAACUAUAAAAAUUUUACACCAGAGGAACUUGGACAAAGUUAUUUCAUGCCAAAAAAAUUAAUUAAAAAUGCACUGCGCUAUGUAAAUAAAGUGCAAUCUGAGCACUACUCAAUGCUUAAAAAAUGUAAACAGACUUUAUUGGACAAACAACUAUCUACAGUCAUUAUAAGAAGCAGAAAAAGAAUUGAUACAACACAUGGUUGUGUUCAUUGGAGAGUAAGAUUUUUAAAGGCAAUUAAUACAGCAAUAUAUUCACAUGAUUGGAAUAAGUUAUUGUAUAUUUUAAGAAAAUCUCCAAUAGAUGAACACAUUAAUAAAAAGACUGAAUAUCAUUACAUUAGGGCAUUAACAAUUUUGUUAAUGAACCAUCCUUAUGCAAAAUCACAGUCUUUAUUAAAUCAUUAUUUUCACAUGGUCCUGUCCUGUCGCUCUGAUCAAGAUAAAAAAGCCUUAUAUAAAGUACUGCUCACAAUGCCUGAUAAACUAAUGGGAUUUAACGUCUACAAUAGAUUGCACAACAAAAUGAAUGAUAAUGAAGAAUCAAUAGGAAAUGUAUCUAAAAAUCAAAAUGAUUUAACCAAAACUCUAGAGUAAGCCUCUCAAUAUCAGAAAAUGUGAAUAACUUCUAAAAAAAUAUGAGGAAAUAGUAUAUAAGAUUGUUGAUAUUGUAUUACUACAGACAUACACAAGCACAAAGUGUAAAUGAGUUGAAGCCGCCAGCUUUAGAUAAAAUACCUAUGCAUGUGUUAAAAAUAAAUUACUGGUACAGUUUA